GUAUACGAAAGAAGUGAAAGAAAAUUCGGAAAUCGAAAGCAAUAUGAGAAUGUAAUUGGCCAAGUUUGUUUUUAAUGUAAAAAAGAUAAGCCAGGAAGAUUAAAAUGAAUAUACGUGAGAAUAUUAAAAAGGCAACAUCACUUGAUUAUGUAGAUAAUAAUGCUACGUUCUUUCGACUGCCAGGACUAAGUCAAGCUGCAAAAGAUCGAAUGAUGAAUGAUAGAAAAGUGAAGAAACCAAAAAACAUACACUUAUUGGAAGACUCUGAUAAUGAUAGCGAAGUUAUUGAUAAUUUUAUGAAUAAUAAAGUUAAACCUACUUUUGAUAAACAUGCUAUUUCUGCUGCUAUUAAAGAGGUAAAUGGUGGUCGUGAUCUUUCAAAUGAACAUUGGGAAAAAUAUUACGAGAAAUGUCUUGAGGAUAUAAUUAAUUCUGAGAAAGAAAUAUGUCAGAAGACUUCUGAUCAUAAUAAUGUAACAGCAUGUUCUGGAAAUCAAUCUGAGGAUUUAAACGAUAUAUAUAUUAAACAGAAACAUAAAUUGUCUAGAAAUGCUGCAAUUAUGAGUCUCCUAAGGAAAAAACAAAUUUCGUUAGAAGACAUAAUUAUUCCAAGCAAAACUUCUACAAAAAAAGAUGAAUUGGAAGCUUUACGCGAAAUGACCGAUGGAUGUAUAAUGGACAAUGGUGAAUAUAAUGAUGAUGGUCAUGUGGAAUCGGUUCCUCUUUAUGAAGAUCCUGAAAUCUCUGUUCAUCCUUUACAGAUGGGAAUAAAUAAAAAAAAAUUCAAAGAUAUAGAUUUUACUGUAUCACGUAUUGGUAAGAAGAAAACAGAAACACCAAAAGAAUAUUUUCUUGAGGAAACUAGUGAUGAUUAUUUUAAUUUUGUAAAAAAGGGAAACAAUACAUUAUAAUAAUUAUAUCGCGUUUAUAUUAAAACAUAUGUAAUAUAAAGGCAAUACUGUCAUCUUCUUUUCAUUCAACAAUUCAAUGAAUGAUUGGGACUGAUAAUAAGUUAGAAUGUGUAUAUUUAUACAGACUCAUACCAUUAGGAUAUAAGCAUGCAAGAUUGUGAAGCUGUAAUAUAGAUAGUCUCAAAGAUAUAUUUAUCAAACUAAAA